UGUUUCUAUGUUUAUCCAAAGAUUUCAACAUUUCCUUCCCUCUCACGCCCUUUAAUCCCAGAGUGAGUUGAAAUACCCACGGCAUGUCUCGCGAGCUCGGAGCAGCGGGCGGCUCGAGCCGCUCUGCUCUGCUCUGUAGGUUACGACACAACACCUCAGUGUAAACAGCCAUGGCUGCCCUGCGCAGGCUUAUCCCUUCACUCACUAACAGCUCUAAAACAGGGACGUUUACGUCGCGGAAACAACAAACAUCCUCGAAGGCGACGAGAGCGCUGAAAGUUAUCGCAGCUGGGGCGUGCGUCACCGCCGCGGCCGGUGCUGCUUAUUACGGCUGCUCGUUUGUCGGCAGGCGCUCCGGAUUGAAGAGCCAUGUGGAGGCUCGACUCGUUCAUCUGGCGUUGCCAUCAGUUUCUGCCACCGAUAAGGCCAGGACCUAUGGUCUGGAUGAUGGAGAUGUGUACAUGUCGUCCUAUGAGAACAGGUUUCGCCUGUUCAGUUCGGUGGAGUACGAGGGCCAGCUCUACAUGACGCCACUCAACUUCAUCGAGUCCAUCAUUUUGAAUGAACCCAAGAGUAGGAGAGUAUGGAAGUCCCUCACAAAAAAGGAAUUAGACAACAUGCUGGCUGAUACCCCGCCUGUUUGCAAAGGAUCAUCUAAUUUGUUUAGAAAUCUUCGUGAACAAGGUGUCAUCAGUUACACAGAAUACCUCUUCCUGCUCUGCAUUUUAACAAAGCCCCAUGCAGGCUUCAGGAUUGCUUUCAACAUGUUUGAUGCAAAUGGGAAUGAAAUGGUGGACAAAAGGGAGUUCUUGGUGCUGGAAGAGAUUUUCCGUAAGAAAAAGGACAGAAAGGAAGUUGCUGAAGACGUGCAAAGAUUUGACCAGCAGAGCCUGCAGCUGUAUGGUCGUCACAAAUCCCAGCCGCACACUGUUCUUAAAAAAGACAGUCAGCAUGUGGAGGCCCGGGGCAUGUGGGAUGUUCUCAGACGUGGCACAAGUCAAGUUCUGUUUUCUGAUCUCCCUGAGCAUGUGGAUGAGAAAACAGAGACAACGCUGCUGGUGCAUUUCUUUGGGAAAAAAGGCAAAGCCGAGUUGAAAUUUGAAGAUUUUUACGACUGCCGUCCGUCUCGCUCCUCCAGGUUCAUGGACAACCUGCAGACAGAGGUGCUUGAGAUAGAGUUCCUCUCCUACUCCAAAGGCCUGCCCACCAUCAGCGAGGAAGACUUUGCUCGGAUCCUCCUGCGCUACACCAAUGUGGACGACGUCAGUGGGUAUUUGGACAAUGUGCGCCACAGCAUGCCGGACGAAAAGGGAAUCACAUUUGAGGAGUUCAGGUCCUUCUUCCAGUUCCUAAACAACCUGGAGGAUUUUACCAUCGCCAUGAAAAUGUACAACUUUGCCAACCGCUCCAUUGGUCAAGAUGAGUUUACCCGGGCGGUCUACGUGGCUACGGGCAUCAGGCUGACCCGCCACUUGGUCAACACAAUCUUCAAGAUCUUCGACGAGGAUCACGACGAUAAACUCAGCCACAAGGAGUUUGUCGGCGUCAUGAAGGACCGGCUGCACCGCGGCGGCGGGGGCGUCAGAGUGGAGGAGAAGUUCACCUCUUUUAAGUCCUGCAUGAAGAAGGAGCUCUCAGGCAAAUAGGUGAAAAACCUAUCAUCAGUGCAUGUCUUACAAACGAUGAUGAGCCGUGCCUCCUCUUUGCUUUCUACCCGGACAGAAGGGUUAAUGCAUGUUGCAGCAUCUUAUUGCGCUGUUAGAAGUUUUAAAAUAAACAGGAUGUGGUACAAACAGGAUGUGGUCAGCCUAAUGGGAAGCUGUUGCAAGUGGUUGAACAAACAAGAAUAACCCAUUAUGAACCUACAGAAAAUCCACUUUUGUCGCAGGAAAUUGGACUAAUUAGUUUGUCCAACUCUUGCCUGCUCAAUAGAUAUUUAACUAUUUAUUGAUUCAUCUACUUGUAAAUAUAUUUAUUGGUUUACGAUUGUUAACACUGAUGUUAUUUAUUUACCUAAAAGUCCAACGUUGUCUUACUACUGCUCUGCCAAUGUGUAUAUUGUUCAGUUUGAUUCUCCUUUUGUCCCGAGCCUUAUUCUGUACGGCAUUGCUCACAUACUUUGUCCUUCUGUUGGCUCUGCAGCCCCCUGCACAGAUCAGCUCAGGACAGCACCUCCCCUUCUCUUUAUCCUCCUCCUCUCCCUCUCUCCCAAAGCGCUGCAGCUAAAAUCCACCAGGAUCCUCCAGAGCCAGCAGGCCUGAACAAACUCAGUCUUUUUCACUGUUUAACUACAGGCAGCUAACAUUAAUGUUAAUCAUUUCUUGGCUAGUAAAGACAAGUGCUAUUUUCAUGCCACUGGCAGGGACAAAAUAUUGAAGCCAUAUGUUUGUUCUACUCUUGGGACACUUGCUGGUUUUAAAAGGAGCUAUAUAUAUAUAUAUAUAUAUAUAUAUAAAUAAAAUCACACAUUCAGUUCAAAAGGAGGACCCAAAUGCAAGACUCCAGGCAGGCAGGUUGAAGAACCAAAAACAAGCUUUAAUAACUAAAGCUAACACAAGUCCCAAAAAUAGGCAGGCAACAGAACAGACGGAGCAGACUGAGGCACAAUCCAAAAACAAGGAGACAUACAAAACUAAAGUAAAGACAAACUGGUAGGCACUAGGAACACAGGCAGUGAGGUGCAUACACAGGACUGGGGAUCAAACGCAGGGCAUACGGUACAACAACGAUCUGACACAGAACAAAGGAAGAACCCAGAAUAAAUACACUCAGGUAGGGGAGACACCGAGACGCAGGUGGAACCAAUGAAAGCAAUCAAAGACAGGAAGCAAAACUACCAGACACAAGAGGGAGGGAGAAUAAUACAAAAUAAAACAGGAAAUAACAGGACAAAAACCCCAAACCAUGACAAUAUAUAUAAUAUAUAUACUUCCCUUUAGGCUCUGUAAGUAAGAGUUUACACUUUAUCUUCUUCUUUACAGAAAUCCUCACUUGUACUACUGCACAGUAUGUUACUGAGGAAUUCAUGAUGUCUGUUUCCUGGUGUAAUGUUUGCUUUGGUUGGAGUUACUGAAAAAAGAAGAUAUCAACAUGUUACAUGCUAAUAUUAUUAUAAUGAUGAUAUUACCCAGACUAAUGCAUUUGUAUUUCAGUCAGUCUGUUUUAAUCUUGGAUGUUCUGAUUAAUUAGUCUAUCUCUUGAAGAGUUUAGGAAACUUCUGGUCAUAUGUCAUUCUUUGAAAUCAGGCCUUGACUGUUACACAUGUCAUUUUUAAUGACAUUGUGCAAUAAAUAUAAUAUAAAAUA